AUGAGUCUACAGGCUCAAAGAUACUCAUACGAGGAUCUAUCCAAAGAUUUAUCCGGUUCACCCCAAUCAAAUGAUAUAGCAUACCAAACCCAAAAUCAUCAUGGAUCUCACCACGACCAAAAGGACGCCACUAAAGUUGAAGAUAUCGAUUUUUCAGCAUAUGAUUAUACUCCUGAAGAAAAUAGAUCUUUAGUAAGAAAGCUAGAUUUACAUAUCUUGCCUUACAUUUGGGCUGGUUACUUGUUUAAUGCUCUUGACAGGAAUAAUUUAUCCAAUGCAAAAUCAGAUGGUAUGACCAAUGAUCUUCAUUUUCCUAAUGAAGGUUACGGAAUAAUGAUUUCAAUCAACAAUAUUCCCUGGGUUUUAUUUGUAAUUCCUAUGGUCAUGCUGUCGAGAAAAGUCGGUCCCAAAUAUACGAUUCCAGGUUACAUGAUUGCUUGGGGUUCAAUGGUGAUGAUCAAUUGUGCUGUAAAAAAUUUCGCUGGCACUUUGGUGACAAGAUUCCUUCUCGGUGUAUUCGAAGCUGGAUUUGCACCAACCUUGAUCUACUACCUUACUGGUUUCUACACUAGAGAUGAACUUGCCAAACGAAUUGGAGUCUUCUACUCCUGUAAUGCUCUUUCUGGCGCCUUCUCAGGUCUCAUCGCGUACGGGGUUUUCCAAAUGGAUUCGAAAUUGCACGGUUGGCAAAUCCUUUUCUUGAUUGAAGGUGCUUUCACGAUAGCGUUUGCUAUCUUAUCUGGAAUCAUGUUACCUCGUUCGGCAUCAGCAGCACCAUUUCUCACCUCAAGAGAAAAAGAAGUCGCAAGGUUGAGGGUCUUGAAGGAUAGUUCAGGUACAACCGAUACCGCAUUCAAUUCCGCUUCCUUCUUUUCACCUUUGAAAGACUGGAGGUUAUAUGUUUUCGCUUCAAUCGCCACUUUGUACUCGACAGCUUCUAGUGUAGCAGGAAGUUUCUUAACUCAGAUUGUUGGUCGAUUCGGUUACUCAGUUGUGAAAACAAAUCUUUACACAGUUGCCCCAUUCAUCUUUGGUACCUUCAUGAUGUUGGCCACUGCAACUUCAUCUGAUCGAUUUAGAGAAAGGGGUUUCCACUUGGUUUCCGCCUUAACUUUGGUGUUCGUUGGUUGUGUAAUCUUGGUUGCUAUACCAAUCCAGAAUCACGCAGUUGGUUACUUCGCCGUAUUCUUGAUUACAGGUGGUGCUCAAACACCAUCAGUGAUUUUCCACUCUUGGCACCAAUCUAAUGACGCAUCGGAAGAUGGUCGAGCGUUCAAGGUGGCCUUUCUUUCUACUUUCGCCAAUUCAGGAGGAUUCGUGUCGGCCAAUAUCUUCCUUGAUAAGUGGUCACCAGGGUAUAAGAUUCCUCUAGCCAUCGUCGCCGCUAUCAACGGAACAGGUAUCAUUGUCGUCACCUCUUUCAGAUUGUAUAUGGCUUACGAGAACAGAAAAAGAAAUAAGGCUCAAGGCGUCAAUUGGACUUCCGUCGAUGUACCAACAGAGGCUCUUAGAGCAGGUCCGAAAAACCCUCUUUUCCGUUACUUCCUCUAG